UUGACAUUUGAUUUGUAAAUUCGUUGAAACAGCUGUGCAUAUCGUCAGUCAGGAGUAUUUACAAAUAUAAAUAAUUUUACGAUUACAUAUAACGAAUAAUUUCCUUUACUAUUUAUAUGUACCAUCAUUAGUGUUUAAAUAGUGUAAUUGGUAAUAGACUUUUACAAAUCUGUAUGAGUCAUUAAUUAAACAGUGUAAUUUUGUGCUCCUAUUUAACUCAAGGCUGAGGUAAUAAAGAAAACGUUACUGAGUAUAAUGUACGGUUCGACAUAAUGGUGGAAGAUAAUGACAGUGGUUAUGGGAGAACUGCUAACAAGAGCACGUUGUUGAAGAUCGUAAUAUUAGGAGAAGGUGGAGUCGGGAAGUCAUGUUUAAUGAGCAGGUUCAUAUCGAACCACUUCGAUGACCACAGCUUUCACACUAUCGGCGUUGAGUUCAGAAACAAGACUAUUGAAGUCAAUGGAAAGCAAUACACAUUACAGAUAUGGGACACAGCGGGCCAGGAACGGUUCAAAUCACUCCGGACUCCGUUCUACAGAGGUUCAGACAUUUGUAUCCUGGCAUACGCUAUAGAUGACCGCAGCUCCUUCAACAAUAUCAAAAUGUGGCUGAACGAGUUCCUUCAUUACGCUGGAGUCAAGAAUGGAAUCGACAGAUACCCGUUUAUGGUUGUUGGGAACAAGUCGGACGUAUCUUCGAAAGACAGAGAAGUAACAUACGAUCAGCUGAAGCAAUGGUGUGAGGACAACAAAAUAGCGACGUACAUUGAGACAUCCGCUAAGAACGACAAUAACGUCGUUGAGGCAUUCUCUAUGGCUGUACAGAGAUGGGGUGAAUUGGAACAAAGAGCGGAGAAGGAGUUAGGUAUGCUUCACCAUCCCGACACGGUGACUCUGCACGGUUCCACCGCAGCAUCUAGCAUCAGGUCGACCUGCUGUUCGAGGUUCACUGACGUAUGAGGUAUAGAGUAAGAGGGAAAGGGAGGCAACAUAUCAAGUACUCAAACGGUACUUAUUGGAAGUCGCAAGUCGAAUGCUAUCGUUGUCACUAUUAGACGGAUUAUGGCGACUGAUGCAAAAGUACAUAUUUUUAUAUCUGUCGAUUUUUUCUCGGUACUUAAAAACUUUCUCGAUAUCUAAUGCCGCAUGAUGUCACAAUAAAAUCAUGAGGAAUCUUUAAUUAAUUAAUUAGUUUGUAAUGAACUUUCUUUUAUCUUACUACUUAUGCUUUCACAAAGCAAUAAAUACAGUCAUGUCGCAUUCAUUUUUAUUACGUAUCUGUCGGACUAAAUAUAGUUUCUUUUUAUUGUUUUACUCUAUCAUUGAACGUCUGAAAGUAAGUGUCGUUUGAGUAUGCGGUACCUUCAAUAAUGGACAGUUGAUACUUCUUAAGUCUAUGGUUUGGUUUUGGUAAUAACAUACCAAAAAUAUAAUUUAGUCGUUCUAGUGUAUCACUAUUAGGUUAAUGCUUUAUUUUCUGAAAUGGAUUUGAGACAAAUAUUUUAUAGCGUUUUAUCGUAAGUUUGGAAGAAAUAUCGCUGUCUGUUCGUCAUAAGCGUGCUAUGGACAUUGAACCAUAGAGCUGGGGGUCUAUUCUCAAUAAUGUAGAUUUGUCAUCAAAUGUGAUAAAAAUACUAAAAAAUGUUUUCCAUGUAAGUCUAAGGUUUUAUAGAAAUCGACAGCACCAAUGUUUAAUCGUAGUAUAGUUGGCACGGAAGCGUUAUUUUUAGAGUUUUUAUCUUUAAAGUGUGAUGCUAAAUACACUGAAAUAUCGGCGAUAAAUGGUUUAUUAGUCAGCCGCUAAAUAAUUCAAUGAACUUUUUUCGUAUUUUGAAUAAAUCAACGAGAUUAAUGAAAAAACAAUGGGUAACGUGUUUGGGUGUUAUAAAUAUAAAUGGUUGAAAUAAAAAGAGUUUCAAACUAUCUUCUUGAACAUAAUUUUGUGGUAACCCUGAUAGUUUAUUGUAAUUGAAACAUUGCGUGGUUUGACGUAUUAAAAAUACGAUUAGCAGUUAGGUUAUUAAACAGGAAAUAUGUUUUAAUAUUUUGCAAAUCGGUUGUGGGAAUUAGUAGUAUGCACAUGAUAUUUGAUGGAAAACAUUCCAAUUUUCAAUAUUUGGUAUAUUUAUAUCGUUAAAAAUAUCUACGCAUAUUUAGAUUAGAGGAAAAUUACAAGCUUUUUCGUUUAUUUACUGGCUGUAUCAUUUGUUUUCUGCUUCGAAAAUACUUUUUUUACGUGUGAUAUUUUGUACGUUAUAUCAAUUAUAUAUUCGCCUCUGAAAGAACCAAAUAAUAGCAUUACUAAAUAGUUAAAUACCAUGUGAUAUUCAAAAUCAAUUAGUAGUGUUUCUGAGUAGCCGUCCUUUUGACUGUUGUGUGAUAUAAAUGAAUGAAUAAAAUUUUACUUAGGAUCAUAUGUAUAAAAUUAUUCAAUUUGCUUGUAUGCAUUGCCUCUACGAAGAUUUUACAAUACACCUUUUACUCAUUGCAUAGUCGAUAAAUAUUGGUCCUAUUCUCAAAAUAGUUUUAAAUUUUUAAAUCUCAAAAUCAACAAUUACCUUAUGAAAGGCGAAAGGAAAUGUGUAUAAUAAAUAUUACAAAAAAAUAUUUUAAUAAAUUGAAUAUGUUAACACAAAUAAAAGAUUAAGAAUUUUAAGAAUCAUCAUUUGAAGCAUUUAAUUUGGCGCUAUUUUUCGUACUUAUUUCUUCGGUCGGUGCGUGGUUUUUGUUAAGAAGUUAUAUGUGUUAUAUAUACCUAUACAUUUUGUAUUGAAAAACCUGUCCGAUCACAAAAGGGUUUUUAGUGUUGCGAAAAUGAUUAAGUACUUGUGAUUAUUUACUGGAAAAAUCUGAAGAUAUUUUUUUCAAUCAAGAAAAAUCGGAAAGGGUCUUUCAUACAAACUAUAUAAUAAUAUUAUAUUUUCUAAUGUUUUAAGGUUGUGUCGUGUAUAACGCAUAGUGCGUGCUUAUUUUAUGAUAUUUUACAUUUUUCUUACAACUCUACAAAAACAGAAUGGAAUCUGGUGCGAUUUUUUUACUUUUUGUAUAUGGCAACAACUGAAAUCAAUCAUGAUUUAAUUAUGGUGUAGAUUUUAAAUAAAGAACUGUGCAGGGUUUGUUUUUAAACAAAUGAAUAUCAAAUGAGAAAACUACUGAAAGGUCAAUUUUUAAAUAAAGAAAUGAUUUAAAAAAUUUAAUGUAGAAUAUUUAAUUGGUGUUUUAACAGCUGAGUUGCAGAAUAUAGUCUUGUAUUAUAUCUUGUUUUAAUAUACAAACUGUAUCAAAAAUUCCCAUAUCUAGUAUGAAUUGUAUUCAAACUAUUUAUAUUAGAUGGUUAAGUAGCAAUAGCUAUAUAGAUAUAAAAGCUGAUUCUCACUAAGUGCCUAGCUUCGUUACCAUAUUAUUAAGCAGUUAAAUUAUUGUUCUACGAUGUCUCGAUGCAAAGAAUAUCAUGUUAAAUCUUGUUAAUAAGUUAUUGUUACAAUUUAUGUGCAAAAAGGUUUUAUAGCUAUCUGAAAAGGAGGUAAAUAAAUUGUAAUAAAACUAUUUCGACUUUAAUAAAUGAAAAUCAUGGCACGCUUUGUAUUAUUAAUGUAUUUAUACGUAAAUAUAAUUAGGUAUUGUUAGAUAUUAUGUAGGGUGUGCAUACAUUGGUGAAUGAUUUGUCAACUUACACAGCGAAUUUUUAUUCCUGACUUGUAAUACUGUUACAAGUUUAGACCAUGGGCCAAUUUUGGGUCAGAGUCGAGUUCUGUUUCUAUCAAAUUGCAACUCUAGAACUCGGCACUAGCGCUUAUUUCUGCAGAAGCAUGGCUGCUGUCUAAAUACAAGAUCUGUUUAAAAAUACGUUGUAUACGAAUAUAUUUAAUAAUAGCUUCAAUGAAAUUAUGUAAGGCAGUUUCAUUCAUCAUUGUGUACACAGUUUUAGGCGCAUGUGAUCCUUUGUCAAUAUUUUGCCGUCUCGACAGUCUACCUCAAGCUUGUAAUUGAAGUUAUAAAUAUUGUGUAAUUGAAUAAAUUGUUAGACAUUCGUAAUUAUAGCUGUGAAAUAGCUUUAUGUAGUGUCGAUGACUUGAAUAUGGAAAGUUCGUAUUCGUAUAAAAUAUUGCAUGUUUUUGCCAUCUUCAACAUUUCAGAACGGUUAGGCGAGAUUUACAUCGUUCUUUCAAGAACGACACUUUAACGAAACGACAAGUCUAUGGUUAGCAUAAAAUAGGGUGAAUGUGUCAGUGGCGUUCUUGUUACGGGUUUUAGAUACUUUUCUGAUGCUCUUCAUGAUUUACACUUUGAAAAAAGUCGAUUAUACAAAAGUGGUUGUUAAAAUUGUUUUUAUGGAUUUUCUGUCAUGCUUUUAUUUUAAUCAAAAUGAUGCUUGUUAGUAAUAUGGGUUAAUCGAUGAUGGUAUACGAAAUGUUUUUAUAUACUCGUGUGAAUUACUUUUUGAUACUUACCUAAGUAUUAUGUGUAACCAUCGCCUUACAUAAAGCUAUACUUUUUAUAUGACGCACAGGAUGUGUGACAUGCGCCUUAUUGUUCAAUCAAAGAUGUAAAGUUGAAUUAAAGCUUGAUAUUUUACAGUCAUGGUACCUAAUAAAGUGUUUUAAAAUA